CUGCAGUCGGAACUCUUAGUAAUCGUCUGCACGAACCUGCCACCUCUUCUGAAGCUCGACCGCCAGAUUUCAACAAGGGCCUCUCCGAAGAAGCUUGGGUUUUCUUUCUUUUAAAAGAUCACUUAAAAAAACGUCCACAGUUCAUUCAAGUGCUGCUGAGCCAGAAAGACUAAAUAUGAAGAUAAGGCUGUCUUUGGCAGCGGUAGCCCUCCUGGCUGUACUAGUAACGUGGGUCGAUGCUCAAGAAGAAUGCUCACUCGGUGUGGAUGUACAAGCAGAUGUUGUUCUCCUGGUUGAUGGCUCGUACAGCAUAGGAUUGGCCAAUUUCGCCAAAGUGAGAGCCUUCCUAGAAGUUCUGGUGAAAACCUUCAACAUCGGACGAGACAAGGUCCAGAUCAGUCUGGUUCAGUACAGUAGAGACCCACAUACCGAGUUUGCCCUGAACACGCACAAUGAUCUUGAUGCUGUGGUCAAGGCGGUACGGACGUUCCCAUAUAGAGGAGGCUCCACAAACACGGGACGGGCCAUGACCUAUGUUAGGGAGAAGAUAUUUGUCUCAGCCAGAGGGGCGCAAACCAACGUGCCACGCGUCACGAUCCUCAUCACGGACGGGAAGUCCUCAGAUGCCUUCAAGGAUCCGGCCACGAGACUGAGGAGUACCGAUGUGGAGAUCUUCGCUGUGGGUGUCAAGGAUGCCGUCCGCUCGGAAUUGGAGGCCAUUGCUAGCGAGCCGAAGGAAACCCACGUCUACACUGUGGAGGACUUUGACGCGUUCCAGAGGAUAUCCAAGGAAUUGACGCAGUCCAUCUGUCUGAGAAUUGAGCAGGAACUUCUAAAUAUUAAGAAAAGGAGUUUAAUUGCACCAAGGUCGCUGACGUUCUCAGAGGUCACAUCCAGGAGUUUCCGGGCCAGCUGGCUCUCAAACAGCACGAACGUUCUGUCCUACUUGGUGCAGUUCAAAAAUGCAGAAGACCCAAAUGGAGACUAUGUGUCCAUUUCAGUGCCUGGGGACACUUUAACUGCUGUCCUGCCCCACCUCACACCCCUCACCAGAUAUGAGGUGAAUGUCUUCGCUCACUAUUUACUGGGAGAAAGCUAUUCUUUGACAGGAGAGGAGACCACAUUAGAGGAGAUCAAAUGUAACACCAGUGCCAAAGCAGACAUUAUCCUGCUAGUGGAUGGCUCGUGGAGCAUCGGGUUUAUGAACUUCAGGACCAUCCGCACGUUCAUUGGUCGCAUGGUGGGCGUCUUCAAUAUUGGCCCGAACCUGGUUCAGAUUGGCUUGGCUCAGUACAGCGAUGACCCCAAGACCGAGUGGCACCUGAAUGCUUACAAAACCUGUAAGGAAUUGUUGGAUGCUGUGGCCAACCUGCCAUAUAAAGGAGGCAACACAAUGACAGGCCUUGCUUUGAACAACAUCCUCCAGAACAACUUCAAACCCAAUGUAGGACUGCGACCUGACUCUAAAAAGAUUGGUGUGCUUAUCACUGAUGGCAAAUCUCAAGACGAAAUUAUCAUAAACUCUGAAAACCUGCGGAAGGAGGGAAUUGAGCUGUAUGCAGUCGGUGUCAAAAAUGCGGAUGAAAAUGAAUUGAGGUCCAUUGCCUCAGACCCUGAUGAUAUCCACAUGUACAAUGUGGAAGACUUUUCCGACCUGCUGGACAUUGUGGACAGACUCACCGAUAACCUGUGUAACAGUUUCAAAGGUUCAGAUGGCCCGGAGCCACCCACCAACUUGGAGACCUCGGAGAUGACCCACCGCUCCUUCCGCGCCACCUGGACUGCACCAGCAGGGUCCGUGGAGAAGUACCGGCUGGAGUACAUGAUCGCGGCCAGGGGGCCUACUCAUGAAAUGUCUGUCAAUGGAACAGUGACCACUGUGGUCCUCAAUAACCUGAAUCCUCUGACCGAGUACAUUGUCAAAGUUUUCGCCGUCUCUGAGGAUGUGAGCAGUGAGCCAUUGAAAGGCACAGAAAUCACCCUGCCAGUCCCCAGUGCGAGGAACCUGAGGGUGUCUGAUGAAACCACCACCACCAUGAAGGUCAGUUGGGACGCUGCUGCAGGGGCCACCGGCUACCAGCUGCUUUACCGUGCAGUCAACGCCACUGUUCCCUCAGAGGAGAAGGAGGUGCGAGUCGGGGGAGGAGUGACUGAGGUCCACCUGGAACAUCUGUUCCCCAACACAUUGUACAGUCUCUCCCUCAUUGCCCUCCACGGAGAAGAGGCCAGCGACCCCACAGUCAUCAAUCAAAGCUGGACAAAAUUAAUGCCCGGUUUUAACACAGGGUAGUGCAACCCAAUCAAAGGAGUCGCUCAAUGCAAUUUCCUGCAGCAUAUCACCCUUCAAUGCUCCCAGCACAAAGCUGGUAUUUGCGCAGUCAAGCUUCAAUCUACAUGUACUGCUUCUAAGGCAAUUCAGAUUUCUGUGAAGAAAGAAGACCAUUAUUUUUAAUGACUCUCACUAAAACUGUAAAUGUUUUUGUACUGUCUCUUGAUUAUAGCUUAAAACACAGACAUUUAUCCUCCUAAAAGCAUCCAGGUUACUAGCUGAUAUUACAUUACAUUAGAUGGCAUUUAGCAGACGCUCUUAUCCAGAGCAACGUACAACGAAGUGCAGAUCAAACACAAGUACAAGUGUGAAGAGGACCUGAGAGGACAGUACAGUUCCGAGUCCUAGUGUAAACAUACAGAUAAUCAGAAC